GGCAGUCGCGCCGUGAGCCUUGUGACGGGUGGGUGCGAGCCCGGCGCUCUGCGGACCAUGCACGGAGCGCGGUGAUCGAGGAGGGAUGAUGCGCGUGUUGUGCGCGCUCGUGGUGCUGCUGACCGGCGCCGGUGCAGCGGCCGGAGUGUGCCGGGAGAGCGGUGAUGACGGGCUGCGGUGUACGGUGGACAGACUGGACGGGGCGCGGGUCAACGCGACCCGGCCGGCCGCCGUGCGGACGUUGGAGCUCACGUGCAGUGAUCGGCUCUACCUGCACCGGACGCUGGACCUGGAGUUUCUGCGCGGGUUCCGGGAGCUGAGCUCGCUCUCGAUCGUGGGCUGUAUACUGGAGAGUGUCGGCGUGGGCGCGUUCCGCCGGCUGCGGAGUCUGACGCGGCUGACGGUGAGGACGCUCAGCACCGACUGGACGGCCACCGAGCUGCGGCUCGAGCCGGGCUCGUUCAGCGGCGCCGAGCAGCUGGAGGCGCUCGACCUCUCCGACAACAACCUGCACUUCCUGGAGCGGGACGUGUUCGCGCGGCUGACCGAGCUGCGCAGUCUGAACCUCACCAACAACGGUCUGCGGGACGUAUCGGACCUGCAGGUGGCCGGCAUCACCGACGGCCUGCAGACGCUGGACGUCUCGGAGAACAGGCUGCUGGAGCUGCCGCCGGCCGCCCUCAGCUUCCUGCCCCAGCUGCGAGAGCUGCGGCUCCGCGCCAACGAGCUCUCCCUCAUCCAUGACGGCGCGCUGCGUGGUCUGCCGCAGCUCCGGCUGCUAGACGUGUCGGACAACCAGCUGGUGGCGCUGCCGGCCAUGAUGCUAAACGAAACGCGCGUGGUGAGUGACCUGCGCCUGCAGAACAACAGCAUCCGCGUGCUGCCGCCGGGCCUGCUGGCCGACCUGCCGGAGCUGCUGGCCGUCAACCUGUCACUGAAUGCCCUCAGCUCGCUGUGGGUGCGUGGCGACGCGUUCAGCGGCCUGCGCCGGCUGAUCGUGCUCGACCUGGCCGGCAACCGGCUGGAGACGCUCAGCCGAGAAGUGUUCGCCGACCUCUCUAGCCUACAGGUGCUCGACCUGUCGCGCAACCAGCUGCAGUCGCUGCCUGGCGGCCUGUUCGGCGCGCUCAGCAACCUGCACUCGCUGGCGCUGGGCGGAAACAUCAUCGCCCGCCUGGAGCCCCGCUCGCUGGAGGGCCUGCACGUGCUCAGCCGGCUCGGACUCGGCGACAACCGUUUGACGCACGUGGACACGGCGGCGUUCGCCAACUCCAGCGGCCUACAGGAGCUGGAGCUGCAGGGGAACCAGCUGCUGGCCGUGCCCGAGGCGCUCGGUCGGCUGACGCUGCUGCGACGGCUCGACCUCGGCGACAACUUCCUGUCGGACGUGGCGCCGCAGUCGCUGGCCGAGCUGCGCCAGCUCAGCUACCUGCGGCUGGCCGGCAACCAGCUGCGCAACGUGUCCGCGCAGCUGCUGGCCGGCCAGGCGGCGCUCACCAUGCUCGACCUGUCCCGGAACCAGAUCGCCAGCAUCGAGAGCGGCGCAUUCGACGUGGCCAGCGGCCUGCGAGCCAUCCGGCUGGACGCCAAUCAGCUGCGGAACGUGAACGGGCUGCUGGCCAAGCUGCCCCAGCUGCUGUGGCUGAACGCCAGCGACAACCACAUCGAGUUCUUCGACUACGCGCUGCUGCCGCUCGAGCUGCGCUGGCUCGACCUGCACCGCAAUCAUCUGAAGGAGAUCGGCAACUUCUACAACAUUGAGUCGAAAAUAAAGCUGGAGACGCUUGAUUUGAGCUUCAACCAGGUGACGCACAUCAGCCGAGCAUCGGUACCGGACAGUAUCAAGUACUUCAUUCUCGCCAGCAACCGGCUGACCACCGUCGAGCCGGGCACGUUCGAGUCAAAGCGGCAGCUGAUUCGAGCCGACCUCUCCUCGAACCAGCUGGGUGAGCUGGAUCUCAAGGCCGUGACACUGCCGGGCGGGGAGACUCCGUCACCAGUCGCCGAGGAUGGGGAGCAGGAGGCCGAGCUGCUGCUCGCCGGCAACCCUUUCUUCUGCGACUGUGAGAUGGACUGGCUCCACACCAUCAACACAGUGCUGCCCCGGCGAAAGUAUCCAAAGGUUCUGGAUUUGGACCGUGUCAUGUGUCGUCUGUUGCACAUGCCGAACAGCCUGACGCCGCUGCGGAACACCAAGCCGUCCGACUUCCUCUGCACCUACGAGCGCCACUGCUUCCCCAUCUGCCACUGCUGCAACUACGUGGCCUGCGACUGCGAGAUGAAGUGCCCCAGUGGGUGCACGUGCUACCACGACCACACGUGGAACACCAACAUCGUGGACUGCAGUCGCAGGGAGCAGGUAACCAUCUCCCGCGAGAUCCCGAUGGACGCCACGGCUGUCUUCGCUGACGGCAACAACAUCCGCAGCCUCGACAGCCACACCUUCAUCGGCAGAAAACGCAUCAACGCUCUCUUCGUCAACGGAUCCAACGUCGAAGAGAUCCAGAACCGCAGCCUGAACGGCCUCUCUGCUCUUCAAGUCCUCCGUCUCGAAAACAACCUGAUUUCCGAGCUUCACACGUAUGAGUUUGAGAGUCUACAUUCCCUGCGUGAGCUGUACCUUCACAACAACCGGCUGCGUACCAUUCAUCCAGCGGCGUUCUCCAAGCUGCGGUCCCUCGAGGUACUGACCCUGCGGGACAACCAGCUGGCGACCUUCGCCGUAUGGCAGCUCGAGGCCAACCCCUACCUGGUGGAGCUCUCGCUGGCCGACAAUCCGUGGUCGUGCGAGUGCACCUUCAUGUCUCGGCUGAGCGCGUUUGUCAGCGACAACUCCGCCAAAGUGGAAGACGCCGAUUCUGUGAGCUGCGCCGGCGACGACGCCAAGUCCGAAUGCGCGCUCGAGCUGGCCACGGCGGCCGUGGCGCGCCGCGAGGGUCCUGAAGCGCUGCCGCUGGCGCUGUCGGUAGCUGGCGGGCUCGCGUUGGCCGCCCUGGCCGGCUGCCUCCUGCUGCGAUAUCGGGCCGUGCUUUGUGCCAGGAAGAGGGGCAGUGCCGAGUCGACUACGGGCGGCUCGUCGGCCUGCACAGAGACCACCGGUGUAUCGGUGGUCACGCCCGAGGCAGACAAACUGUACGACGUGUUCGUCACGUACAGUGCUCAGGACACACGCUUCGUGAACGAGGUGCUGGCUCCGGUGCUGGAGCAGUCGACACCCUCGCUGCGGCUGUGUCUGCUGCGUCGUGACGCGCCCAACACCAGCUACCUGGGCGACGCUGUGCACCACUGUGUGCAAGCCUCACGCAAGACGCUGCUCGUCGUCUCGAGAAACUUCCUGGACAACGAGUGGUGUCGGUUCGACUUCAAGGCGUCGCACCUGGAGGCUCUGCGCGCGUGCCGCGGCGCUGUGGUCCUCCUCCACGGCGUGGAUAGGAGCGCCGUCGAAGGAGAGCUGAAGACGCUGCUGAAGACAGCGCCCUCCGUCACCUAUGGAGAACCGGACUUCUGGCGAGUCCUCCGGGGCCUACUGCCGGCCUGCCGCGGCUUCAAGAGCAUCCCCCGAAGCGUUAGUGACCAAUCCUACAUGAUGCGCGCCUUCUACGACAAGGGUCUGCUGCAGACGAUGCUGCCGCGCGACUCGCCGACGCCCACAUGCUCGACACUGGUCUCCGACUACCAGCACGGGACGGCGCCGGCGCACGUGCGGGCGGGCUCGGCGCGGGUGCUGGGCAGUGCCCCGGAGCGCGGCGCGCACAACACCAGCUACAGCAGUCUGCAGCCGAGCGAGCACACCUACAUGACCAUCGAGCAGUACGGCAGCUCGGCCAGCGGCCGGCUGGCCGGCUCCGGCGGCAGCGAGCUCUACUCCUCCCUGGAGCCGGAGCCGACGCCGCAGCUGCCGUCCGACUCGGCCCACCCAGCGAACCGAGACCGGCUGCGGGACCGGCGAGGUGAGCACCGCGACCGCGUCCAGGAGUACCGCGAGCGGCUCCAGGAGCACCGCGAGCGACUGCAGGAGCACCGGAACCGGGCUCAGGAGCACAGGGAACGGGCUCAGGAGCACAGAGACCGGGCUCAGGAGCACAGGGACCGGGCUCCGGAGAACAGAGACCGGCACCCGGACCACAGAGAAGUGCACCCGGACCAGAGAGAGGGGCACCGAGAGCACAGAGAGGGACAGAGAGCCCACAGAGAGGGGCACCGGGACCGUUUCUCGGAGCGGCGGUCGGAGCCGGACGGGCUACCGGACAGCCGGGACAAUGGCGGGUUUGUGCCGGACGGCCGGGAGGAACAGCCGGACCAGGCCGAGCCCGGUGACCCGGCGGUCGAAGAACACUGCCAUCAGAGGUCACUGUCACACUCACUCUGGGUGUAGCGGCAGUCACCGGCCGGUGUAGUGCAAAGGCUGUGCGUGUGUGUGAGGUGUAGAGCUCGGGGAGCUGGCAAUAAGACAAACGGACGGUGUGGUGUAUCGUGACCCGAGACCGUAUGGUGCACUCUGGUGUGUUGUGAAAUCCCGGAAGAUGGUUCGUGACUCGGCUGGUUCUGGAGGUCGUAAAAGAAGCCGCGGGCGUUCACCAUCACGGGCGGCGACGAGCCGUCACACAGACCGGCACGGCAAACGACGCACGCAGAAAAAGCCGCCGAGAUCCAGAACUCGCUUUGGAGCCCUUCCUGCAGCUGUGUCGGUAUAACGCCCGUGAUGGCGUCAUCUCAUCACGCCAUGCACUUCCGCCAAUGACGAACACAGACGGCCGGAGGUCCAUCUGAUCGGGAGGCCGCCUCCAUCGCGGUGUCGUCGUCACCUUCCGGCAGACCCCGUCGGCCGUCCCCCGCCGGUGAUGUUCCGUCGGCCGUCACACCGGCACGAGAAGGGCUCGGAGGCUGUACCUCUGCACACCGGGGUGACCGGGCCGCGUAGCAGUAAAUUCGUCCAUAUCCUAUCCAACGUGCACGUGUGAUAUAUACUAAUUACAUCUGUGAUGCUAUUAUAAUCUAAUAAAUGUACAAUGUCAAUG